AUGGCUGAGCUUUUAAAAGUAUACCUCAGAUAUAUUUUAAUGGUCAAACUUGCAAACGGUGGUACUUUCUCUCAUGGUGAAGAUUUCGAUGGUGAUUCGGUAAAUUAUCAUGAUGAUAUGUGGACAGCUUUCAACCAAAGCUACACGAAGGAUACUCACACCAUGGAGAUAUCAAUGGAUCUUUUUGGUGUAGAUUUGAAAGUCGCAAAAAUAUUCUCAGAAUUCAGUUUAACACACUCAACCACAAAUACAAUGGAGUCAAUCAAUAAUACUAUCAAUAAAUUAACGGAAAGAGAAAUUGAAUUAGCAGAAACGGAUCUUUGGGGUGAACACUCUAUAUACACAAAAAAACAAAAAGAAGAAUUAAGACAAAGCUACAUUAAUUUAAAACUUUCAAUAAUCGAUGUAGCAAAUAUAGACCACCACCAACCCAAUUACCACCAGUACCAUCAAGAAUAA